AAUUUCUCAUGACCAUUUAUUAAUAAAAAAUACUUUUCCCACUCCACUCUCUACUUCUCCAUAUUUUCUUCUCCGAUCGACAAAUCGAUUCUCCGGUUCUCUCUAUAAUCUAUCUGCUUCUGUACGAUCAAUCGGAAAGUUCUAGAAGAAGAUGUCGUCGAAUUCAAAGUUAAUGCCGAAUCUGGAUGAGCGAAGUACGAAGAUGCUAAACCUCACUGUGCUACAGAGAAUCGAUCCGCGUAUUGAGGAGAUCCUCAUCACAGCUGCUCAUGUUACGUUGUACGAGUUCAACGUCGACCUCAAUCAAUGGAGCCGCAAGGAGGUUGAAGGUUCUUUCUUUGUAGUUAAGAGGAGUGCUCAGCCAAGGUUCCAGUUCAUUGUUAUGAACCGCAGGAGUGCAGCAGAAAAUAUGGUGGAAGAUCUCUUGGGAGACUUUGAGUUUGAGGUUCAGGUUCCAUACUUGUUGUAUCGCAAUGCAGCCCAAGAAGUCAAUGGUAUUUGGUUUUACAAUGCACAUGAAAUUGAGGAGGUUGCAGAUCUCUUCGGCAGAAUUUUAGGUGAAUACUCAAAGGUUCCCCUGAAGCCACAGCUAAGAAAAAGUGAGUUUGCAGAUCAUGAGGUGGUCCCAAUGAGUACAGCAAUAGAAGGGACAUCUGGACCAGCAUUUACCACCUCUACGGAUGGGUUUGGUGCUGAUGAUUCUUCCUUUAUGAACUUUUUCAAUAGUGCUGCAACUAUUGGGCAUACCUCUUCGACUGUUGUGAACUCCGGACUGCCAUAUCAUUAUCCAGUUCCAACUUUUGAUCCAUCACCCCGAGUUCCAAGUCCCCUGCCUUCUCCUGCUCCAAUUUUGCAAGUCUCAUUACCUGUUCAGUCAGCUCCAUCACCUCCUCGACAGUCACGCCGCGAUUCUGCUAACCUGAUCAAUAGUACUAAUUACCCUGCAAAUCUUGUGAAGCCUUCUUUCUUUACACCCCCUGUGUCACCUGUAUUGGUGACAACUUCUGUCUCCUCAGCUACAUCAACUCCCGUCCUUUAUCCUCAUGUGAAUCCACAACGCCCACAUGGUACACUUCUAGUUCAACCCUUCCGAACACCUACUUCGCCUCCAUUUCUCACUUCUACUCAGAUUCCUCCACAAAGUGUGACACUAAGCAGAGAGAAGGUUCAAGACGUGCUUCUAAUGCUUGUUCAGGACAAUCAGUUUAUCGACUUGGUCUACCAAAAGUUGCUUAAAGCACAUUCAUGAUUCCGUGAGAAGUGUGGUGAUGUUGUAGAUCUUGAUACCAUGUAAAAGUAGUUUGUACAUAUUUGUUUCUUCUGCUGGGGAUUGGACUUACCUUCUUUUCACCUCACGAAGAGAUCGACUACACCUAUGACUUGAUGUAAUAUAUGAAACUUGGACAAUCCUGAUGAAAGUCUAUGAACAAUUGAAUAUCGACAAUGGCAAACCUUUUAAACAUUUCUGUAAAUUCUAUGCACAGUUCUGGUAAGAGUUUGGUGAACACGUCAUGCCUCUGGUCUGUGGAAUCA